CGAUUUGCUGAUUCUGCGCACUGUAAGGAUCUGUGAGAGAAGCCGGUCGAGGAGCUGGGAGAGCACGUUUAGUUUUUUAUACUUAACAGAAUUAUUUUGUUUUAGAUGAGAAAUUUAUAAUGACUGCCUGAGGAUGGCACAGCAAGACACAUUGUUAAACCUCUUCGCUGGCGGGUGCGGGGGCACAGUGGGUGCUAUGGUUACAUGUCCCCUGGAAGUGAUCAAGACAAGACUCCAAUCCUCAGGACUGACGCUUCGCCAGGUGUAUCUGUCCCAGGUACAGCUUGGCACCCUGAGUGGAACUAGCAUGGUUCGACCAACGCGGGUAGCACCUGGCCUUUUCCAAGUACUGAGGUCUAUAUUGGAAAAGGAGGGACCAAGAUCGCUCUUCAGGGGUUUGGGUCCUAAUCUAGUUGGAGUUGCACCUUCAAGGGCGAUCUACUUUGCUGCCUACUCAAAAUCGAAAGAGGAAUUCAACGCUAUCUUUGUGCCGAACAGCAACAUGGUUCACAUGUGCUCAGCUGGGUUUGCAGCCUUUGUUACAAAUUCACUUAUGAACCCAAUAUGGAUGGUGAAAACCAGAAUGCAGCUAGAAAGAAGGGUGCGGGGUGUGAAGCAGAUGAACGCACUCCAGUGUGCAAAGUAUGUGUACCAAUCUGAAGGAAUCCGUGGAUUUUACAGAGGGCUUACCGCUUCAUAUGCUGGGAUUUCAGAGACAAUUAUCUGUUUUGUUAUUUAUGAGUCCCUAAAGAAGAAUCUGGGAGAUCUAAGGUUAUCCUCGCCAACCAGAAAAUCAAACGAGAAGGGAGCGUCAGAUUUCCUAGGGCUGAUGAUUGCUGCUGCCUUUUCCAAAGGCUGUGCCUCCUGUAUAGCAUACCCACAUGAGGUGAUCCGGACAAGGCUACGUGAAGAGGGCAGCAAAUACAAGUACUUCUUUCAAACAGCACGGCUAGUAGCCAUCGAGGAGGGCUACCCAGCCUUCUACAGAGGACUAAUAGCACAGCUCAUUCGACAGAUCCCAAACACUGCCAUCGUGCUGUCCACGUACGAACUCAUAGUGUACCUGCUAGGGAACCACUCCACAAAUUAAUCAAGCAUGGGACGUUUCAGACAUGCUUCCUUGGUUCACUGCUGCUUUUUCCCCGACACAAAGGAGGAGCAGUUUUGGAAGAUCUUGUGUUUUUUUUUAUAUAUUAUAAAAGCACUUUUCAAAAGGUCAUUUGAGUAUGUGUUUCCGACGGUUUUUCCAUCAACAGUUUUUGACAAGUAGAUCACACAUUUUAAUCCUGAUAUAUGUAAAAUCAUGACAUGGAAACUACUAACCCAUCUAGAAGAUGUAAUGCAAACACAAAGUGGUCCGAAGACCUGCUAUUUACGUUGUUUGUGUAAUGUUCUAAUUCUUUAGUUAGAAGCAUGUUAAACUUGAUAUCCGCUAACACAUUUAUAAAAAGGCAUUGUCAGUGGCAAACCUGCUCAAGUAUUCAGGUCCAUAGAUAUAUAGAUACACGUUGAAGUACAUACACUGUGUCAUGCUGUCAUCAUCCUCUACAGCAGUGUUGGGGGGACUUGGAAGUCUGCUUUUAUGUUUGUCCUGAUUCUUCUGCAAGAGCACAGAUGAAGAGAGAACUUUUAUUUAAAUUAUUAUUCUUAAUGCUACUCCUUGCUCGGCCCUCCUUCACAGGUUGUUUUCGUAACUUGGUUUAAAUUAUUUAUUUUUUUGUUAUAGGAAGCUUCAUUUGUUUUUGUUUUUAAAACAGAUAAGGGCCUAAUGCAUAUUGAAAACAAACUGGUUAAUUAAAGAUACAUUAAUCAAUGUUG